AUGCCGCUACCACUUCCGUAUUAUUUUGAGGGAAAAGUUGUUCGCGGAUACGGUAGAGGCGGAAAAGAGCUUGGAUGUCCGACAGCGAAUAUGGAUGAGAAUCUUGUUGCGGUUCUUCCGAUGUUUCAGAAUGGCGUUUAUUAUGGAUUCGCGCAGAUCUAUGGAAAGCUGUAUAGCAUGGCGAUGAGUCUCGGCACGAAUCCGCAAUACAACAAUGGGAGCCGAAGUAUGGAAAUCCAUGUGAUUGGCUAUGAAGGUCCCGAUUUCUACAACGAGACCCUAAAAGGUCUCAUGAUAGGGUUUAUAAGGAAAAUGGACAAGUAUGAAUCGCUAGACGCUUUGAAAGAAGCCAUCGCCAAGGAUAUCUCGUAUGCGCGAAUGGCGACGAGGGAUGAGCGCGGCAAAAUGUUGAGAAAGCAGUUCUUUCCGAAUAUGGAACUAUAUGAGUCAUAA